AUGUCAGAAUCAGGAAGAGGACCACUAACGGGGUCCGACUGGUUGAACUUACCUUACGGAAAAAUAUACUCCGAAUUAGAAGAAGCUCAGGAUGAAUGUAAUAACCACGAUGCAAAUGUCCAAAGUGUGAAGGGAGCAUUAAGCACGAAGCAAGGCACUGACGAACAUGGAAGGAAAAUUGUGAAAGCAUACUGUGAGGCAUCCCAAAAGAAGAAUGCACAGCAGAAAUCGUCCGAGGACAUGUACUGUAAUGUUGUAUAUUAUUGGAUAGGAGAUACAUUAUAUAAUGUAUUAGACGAGGGCAGUAAUAAUUUCUCAGACCUCAUGUCCCGAGUUUACAGCAUCCUUAGGGGCGAAUAUGCAGAAAAUAAGUGUGACAUUGUAUACAAAGAUGGCAUUGACAAAGACCUCUUUGGUUAUAGAAAAAAAGUAUAUGAGUUCUCGCAGAACUAUGAAGAAAUACAACAACAGUUAAGGAGGCAUAUACAGAAGUGCGACGAAAAUUACUUCGAUAACCUCAAAGCAGCUGAAGAAGCAUUUAGUGCUGUACUUACUGAUUGUAAUGGCAAAAUCGACCCAUAUUGUAUGCAAUUCAAAAAUACCUUUGAUGUAAGUAAUGGUCAAAUCCCACUAACAUUAUCAUAUAAUGGGUCAUCUAAGUCAAAAGGGGAAAGUGACCAAGAGGUUACCGUUUAUAACAACGUUCAGUUAAAACUGAACUUUGCAUCUAAAGCGAAUCCCACUGCAACCAUUGUUUCUUCCAUCCUAGGAAUAGCCGGGCUACCAACAAUUACUUUCUUCUUAUAUAAAAGGCAACAGAGGAAGGAAUAG